AUGGAUUCUUGGGCGCCUUUGGCACCAACCAAGCGCUUCUCGCUCCAAGGGCCAGGGAUUGGUGGAGGCCGGGGCGUAGGCUCCUAUGCUCGCGCUUCGGUCAUUCUGUCCACCGGCAACGACGCGGAUCAUGGAGAGGCACUGCCGACCUCUCCUGUUACGGGCAAAGCGGGUGAGAAGAGGGAGCCGACCAUCAAUGGCUUGCCCGAGAGCCUGAUUCGCACAAUCCUCGGCUACGUGCCGCUGAGGGAUCUCGGAAGCUGCAAGCUAGCAGGAAGGAGGCUUGCGAGGGUCGUCGCCGAUGACAGGCUCUGGAAGGAGAGAUUGGACAGGCUGGAUUGGGCUCAGGUGGAUGGCGAGGAGGAGUCGGACCGAAAAUCUUUGUUCCAAGAUAUUGACGCCGGAGGAGACGAUCCAUGGAGGAGGCGUGCAGUCGGUAGGAGGAGAGACAAGCCGAUCGCGGCAAAGGCGAGCGUGAAUGGUGCAUUGACACCCAGCAGCAAGAAUGGGGACGCCUCCAAGUCUCCGCAUCUCGCGCAAGGUGGCCUUUCAGCUAGACACGACGUCGAUGACGACUUUGGCGAUUUCGCAAAGCCCUCUAUCGAUGGCUCACCAGCCAAUGCUGACGACGAUGAUGACGACGGCUUUGGCGAUUUUGCCUCUGCGCCUCCUGCACGCGUACCCGGAGGCUCUUUGGCGGCCGGUCUUGCGAGCGUAGCCCUCGGAGGCGGCACAAACUCCAACAACAGCACAUCAUCCGGCUUCUCGCCAAUCUCGCCAGUGAAGCUGCAAAAGCCUGCUCAACCGACGUCGCUGUUCAGCUACUCUGCCGAAUCCGCCUUGCCUCUCUGCACAAAGUCGAGCAUGCAUUUCAGAAGGCUGCGUGCCUUGGCAAAGAGGCUCAGACCUCAGUUGAACGGUCUCGCUGCUCAAAUUGGAGGAGGCGGAGGUAUUGUGGGAUGUAACCUAGGGGGCGACUUGGGCCUAUCGCAUAGUGCAGCUUUGCAUGCCAACGCAAUGAGGUGGCUGCAGCCUGCCGAGGAGGGAGGUGUGGGCGGAUCAGGAUCAGCCAAUGUCCCUGCUGCAGAGCUGCGCAAAGGAGUCAUCUCCUCUGGCAGAAGUCUGGUCGAUCACGCUUUCAUGACCUUCGAAGGCACUCUGGACCGUCGUGCGGAUGCCGUCAGGGCGGCUAGACAUGGCGCAGAUACGGCGCGUAGCGUGCGACGAGCAGAAGCGGAUCUUGCAAACGCUGCUCAUGCGGUUUGGGAAGUUGGCCUGGCACUCGAGGAGGACGCGAGAGCCAACGCCCUUGUAGAGAAGUACAUGGGUCUGGUCAUCAGUGAGGCGCAAAGAAUUGGCAAAAACCACGAUUCGAGAAGGAACAUCGUGUGAGUGUUGCAUGAUGCGUGCAACGUGGCGCUGCAUAUGCUAUUGUCAGCUGAAGCUUCGUCCCUGCAAACGCCUGACAGCUCACGACCACCGGACGGCAUCUCGCUCGACUUCACGGCCAUGGAUGUCUUCAUGGCCGAACUGUUAGAAGCAGUGGGGAAGGAAGCAGAGAUCAUUGCCAGGGUGUUUCCACCGACGCAGGAUGCUGUCUUGAGGUACGCACGAGACGUAGCCGAGAGUGCUGUGAGUCUUUCAUAGGCAGCCCGCUGGUGCAAUUUCAGACGAAGCUGAUGGUUCCGGAGCGCACAACGGUCCCCAGAUCUCUGCGUACAUCUUGCCCCUCCUGCAACGAGCAAAGCAGCACUCAGAGCAUCUAUUCCUGCGCUCUUGCGCUGCCGCUUUCUCGCAAGCUCUUCGGCUCGUCGACGUGCUGAUGGCCAUCACCGAUAAAGACCCCCUGACCGUCACUAAGACCAGAUGUGAGGAUGUCGUCUACAAAAUGUGGGAGAAGCACAUGGACGAAUACUUGGAAAAGGAAAGGGCGUGGGUCUCGGAAGCGAUGCUGCGGAUAGCACGCAAGUGGCAAGAAGAUGUGAGUUCAGACAGCUAGCUGUGGCUGUUUAGAAGCAAUUCGCUCAUCGUGCACCUCUCGUGCGUUGAAAAGGUCGAGAACGAAGCCACGCGCACGCGAGCGGAUGCUGCGGCGUUCCUUGCAUCUCAAAAUCCAGCAGCAGUAAAGCGGUCUGUGCUUUCAGGCUUCAAGGACGUGCUACUGCUACCAGUCACUGUCGUUCCGCGCACAGCUCUAUACGUCGGGAGCGCAGCUGUACGGACCGCAGGUACUGGUCUGUCAGCUAUCAAUCCCAUGCGAUGGCAAGGUGGCGCUACUGGCAGCGGAAAUGGCGAUACGCUGACCCCAAAUCCAUCACAAGAUGGCGCAUCAGGUAGAAAGCAGGCCGACCUUCCGAUACCUCGAAGCCCAAGCGGCCUCAAUGAGAAAGCCACGAACGAAGCAGCGAAAGGGUACAUCGACUUUAGCCAAGCCGACGCUGAGGGCGGUAGCGCUGGUCCUGGCAUGUACGGUGAGGAUUCGGAUGAUGAUGAUGACGACGACCAAAUCAACGAGAAAGGACCGAGCGGGUUCGGAGAUAACCCCUUCGGCGAAACCGAGAGGGAUGAAUGGAGCGCAGAGGUAGAGGCUUGGGGCGCAGUUGCCAACGCACGACCAGCACAAGUGCCGGCGCCGAUCACUGGCGCAACCCAGAUAGUGGGCUCAGGGGCCUCCGUGGCCCCAUCGUCGCGACCAAGCUCGCUUGUUCCAACACUGACUUCUGGCGGGAGGACCACGCCUUCCUUGGGGACUUCUUCGUCCGCUCCCUCUCGUGCGGGCACACCUCAGCUCCGAUUGCCCAGCUCUCCAGCACUGCCGUCGACGGCUGCCGAGUCCCUAUCUCGCCUUCAGCUCCUGCUCUCACUCGACGUAGCAUUGCAGCUCAUACACGUCAAUCGGGACUGCAUCAAGCGCAUCGAGACGUUUGCCGAAUACCCCGAUACCUAUGGCACGCGCGUCCACGAGGAGAUCGAGAAGAACGCGGCCGCUGCGAUGCACAUCUUGGCCGAACAGCACAUUGUGCCUGGCUUUCAGAAGGCUACCGAGCAGAUCGAAAGCUGGGAUCCAGCUCAGAGUGCACCCGCUUCUGGAGCCGGCGACCUUGACGAGAAGAACAAAGAAGGCACGGCUGAGCACGUUAUGCCGCUCGUGCACUUCUUUGAGCUCGUGCACGUAGGUGACACCAUCCAGCAGAUGGUCCAGGUCUACUUUGAUCAAGAACUCGGUAGACACUUUGACCGCACUGAUUUCCUAAACAUUGUAGUCAGAGAGAAAAAGCGCUUCGAAGCUGCGCUCGAUGAAAGCGUGGCCAAGGGACUAAAUGCCGGUUUGGAUCUGCUGAUGGGGCAGGCAGAGUACAUCUUACAGACUCGACAGGACCCGCGCGACUUCAGCCCGCAGGCUGGCCAGGAUCCCGAUCUUGGCCCUACACAAGCUGCAAAAGACUGCAUCAAGUGUCUACGAGAUCACUGUCGCAUGCUGGUGGGCAGCACCGACAAGAAUGUGCUCGAGGUGUUUUACUUGGAGGUUGGCAUGCGCCUCUACGCGUGAGUAAUCAGCGCUGCUCUCUGCGCUCGUUCCUACUCAUCACUUGGCUUACUCCGGUGCCUGUUCCAGCGCUCUCACCAAGCACCUACGAAGGCAGAUCAUCAAUCUCGACGGCGGCUUCAAAGUGAUCGCUGACCUCAAUGCCUACCACGCAUUUGUUCUGACGCUGCGACAGCCGAGUGUGACGCAACAUUUUGAGGCGCUAAAGAUGCUGGGUAAUAUAUAUAUCAUCGACUCACCAAGAGAAUUGGCAACCAUCGUUAGGGACGCGGCUCACUUUAGAGGGCUCAUCAGCCCUGAGGACCUAUACGAACAUCUCAAGGUGAGUGAUUCGAUUGCAACAGCUCGCUUGUAAGCGCUCGCUUACACAAGUCCAACAUCUCGCGGCCAUGCGGAUUCACAGUCUCGCUCAGACUUCAAAGCAAUCGAGGCUCAGAUUGACAAGGAAAUGUACGGCUUCAAGAUUCGCGAAGACUGUGUCGUCGCUUGA